AUGAAUGGCUUCUUGGAUCUCUGCUUCAGACAUCAAAGAACUCAUACCGGAGACAAACCUUAUCAAUGCUUGGAGUGUGGAAAGAGCUUUAGACAGAAUGGUGCUCUUCAGGUACAUCAGCGCAUCCAUACAGGGGACAAACCUUAUCAGUGCUUGGAGUGUGGAAAGUCCUUCAGUCAGAGUGGCACGCUUUUGAGACAUCAAAGAACUCAUACAGGGGAGAAACCUUAUAAAUGCUUGGAGUGUGGAAAGAACUUCAGUGAGAAUGGCACCCUUACUAAACAUCAAAGAACUCAUACAGGGGAGAAACCUUACAAAUGCUUGGAGUGUGGAAAGAACUUCAGUGAGAAUGGCGCCCUUACUAAACAUCAAAGAACACAUACAGGGGAGAAACCUUACAAAUGCUUGGAGUGUGGAAAGAGCUGCAGAACGAGUGGCACCCUUACUGUGCAUCAAAGAUCUCAUACAGGGGACAAACCUUAUAAAUGCUUUGAGUGUGGAAAGAGCUUCAGCGAGAGUAGCACCCUUACUAAACAUCAAAGAACUCAUACAGGGGAGAAACCAUAUAAAUGCCUGGAGUGUGGAAAGAGCUUCAGUCGGAGUACCUCUGUUACUUUACAUCAAAGAACUCAUACAGGGGAGAAACCUUACAAAUGCAUGGAGUGUGGAAAGAGCUGCAGUACGAAUGGCGGCCUUCAGGUACAUCAAAGAACUCAUACAGGGGAGAAACCUUACAAAUGCAUGGAGUGUGGAAAGAGCUGCAGUACGAAUGGCGGCCUUCAGGUACAUCAAAGAACUCAUACAGGGGAGAAACUUUAUAAAUGCUUGGAGUGUGGAAAGAGCUGCAGUACGAGUAGCGACCUUACUGCACAUCGAAGAACCCAUACAGGGGAGAAACCUUAUAAAUGCUUGUGUGGAAAGAGCUGCAGAACGAGUGGCGCCCUUACUGUGCAUCAAAGAUCUCAUACAGGAGAGAAACCUUACAAAUGCUUGGAGUGUGGAAAGAGCUGCAGUGCAAGUAGCACCCUUACUAAACAUAAAAGAACCCAUACAGGGGAGAAACCUUAUAAAUGCUUAGUGUGUGGAAAGAGCUGCAGUACCAGUGCCGCCCUUAGUGUGCAUCAAAGAACUCAUACGGGGGACAAACCUUAUAUGUGCUUGGAGUGUGGGAACAGCUUCACUCAGAGUAGCACAUUUUCUAGACAUCAAAGAACUCAUACAGGGGAGAAACCUUACAAAUGCUUGGAGUGUGGAAAGAACUUUAGUCUUAGCCACCACCUUACUUCACAUCUAAUUACUCAUGUAGGGGACAAACCUCAUUAA